GUAGUUUCAUGAGUCAACAUGGCCGCUUGACGUGGUGUGUUUUCUGCUCCCCGGGGCCACAGUAGUGUUUUCAUCAACAGGGGCUACCCUCACUAUUUACCGGACUGUUCCGUGGCUGGACUUUUCUUUUGUCGACCUUGCCUCGAAGGAUUUAUCCAGAAAAAAACUUUUCGAACUUUUCUCGUAGUUUUUAUGUCCGAAAGGAAGGAUGCAACCCCCACCGAGAAAGGUCCGGGUCACCCAGGAGCUCAAGCACACUCACAACGAUCAGAUGAGCCAAUUGCACAUCAAACACCAGACAGAGUGUGACCUCCUGGAGGACCUGAGGACUUUCAGCCAAAAGAGGGCGUCUGUCGAGCGGGACUAUGCCCAGGCCCUGCAGAAGUUGGCCAAUCAGUACCUAAAGAGGGAAUGGCCCAGCAGCCUGUCGGGAGAAGAAGCAGAUCACAGGAACAUGUAUUGCGUCUGGAGGGCCUACUUGGAGGGUACAAUCCAGGUCACCCAGGCCAGGAUGAGCGCCUGCGACAACUACAAAGUGCAGGUUGCCGACCCCGCCAAGACAGCAAGGUUGCAGAAGGAGCAGCAGCUGCGCAAGUGUAUUGAGCAGCUUACCACCAUCCAAGCUGAGCUACAGGAGUCCGUCAAAGACCUGACCAAGAGCAGGAAGAAGUACCAGGAGGCAGAGACCAUGGCGCAGGCCGUGCGGGAGAAGGCCGAGCUGGAAGCCAAGUCCAAGCUGAGCCUCUUCCAGUCCAAAUCUAGUCUGCAGAGGGCAACUGUCAAGCUGAAAGCCAAGAGGAGCGAAUGCAACUCCAAAGCCACCCACGCCAGGAACGACUACCUUCUCACGCUAGCAGCCGCCAACGCUCACCAGCAGCGCUACUACAACACCGACCUCAGCGACUGCCUCAAGGUGUUGGACGGCAGCAUUUACGAGCAGGUGAAAGAUUACCUGGGGUCGCUGUGUCAAACUGAGCUGGAGACCUACCAGGCCGCACACAACGUCUUCAGCCGGCUCUCCAACAGCUCCAAUGGGGUGAUGCAGGAGUUCCAUCAGCAGAUGUUUGUGCAGAAGAAUCCCAUUUUCCAGAAAGUUGCAGACUUCUCCUACCAACCCAUUGACACGGAUACGGUGACACAUCUGCUGAAAGAGAGCGGCACGGCAGAGGAGCACAGCCUUGACAAGGAGGCCAGGAAAUGGGCGAGUCGCGUGGCUCGGGAGUAUAAGAGCAUCAUCCACACACAGAGGGUCCUGGAGGAAUUUGGCGCUCAGGAGAACGUGGAGCACAACGCGGGAGAGCUGGAGACCAAGAUGGAAGUGGCCCGGCAGAGUCUUCGGAGGGCCGAGAUGAUUAAAGCGAAAGCAGAGGCCCGCCUGGACUUGCUGAGGGAGGCGGGCAUCACCGUGGAAACGUGGCUGAAGAGCGCCAUGAACCAAGUGAUGGAGGAGCUGGAGAACGAACGCUGGAACAACCUGGGCAGCCAUGACCCUUCGCUAUCCGUAAGAUCCCGCUAUCCCUCCGCCCUCUCAGGCCCUACGUUUCACAUACAUGGCCGCUGGAAGUUCCUGUUUUGGUUUUGGAAGGGAACCGCCGACCUGGAGCGAGAGGAGGACGAGGAGGAGACGGAGGACAGCGGUGAGGUUUUGGAUGACAGCAGCUCCAGCCCCUCCAGUACACUGAAGAACUAUCCCCUCACGUGCAAAGUACUCUACUCCUACAAGGCCUCCCAGCCCGAUGAGCUCACCAUCGAGGAGCAGGAAAUCUUGGAGGUCAUCGAUGACGGUGACAUGGAGGACUGGGUGAAGGCCAAGAACCGGAGUGGACAGGUGGGCUACGUCCCAGAGAAGUACCUGCAGCUGCCGUCCACCAACAGCCUGCUGAGCAUGCUGCAGUCUUUGGCCGCGCUGGACGCCCGAUCCCAUUCCUCCAGUAACUCCACAGAACCCGAAAGUGAGCUCCCAACUGGCUCCGUCAACGGCGACUCCAGCGUGUCCUUCGCCAAGGCCCUGUACGACUACACCGGACAAACAGAAGACGAGCUCUCCUUCCCUGAGGGCGCCAUCAUCCGCAUCCUGAGCCGGGAGACACACGAGGACGACGGCUUCUGGGAGGGCGAAUUUAACGGCAUCGUUGGCGUCUUCCCUGCCGUUCUGGUAGAGGACCUGGCUAGUGGCAGCGAGAACGGAGAUGGACAGCGAGAGGGCAGCACUCGGUCUUCUCCCUGCUCGCUGGCCCACUGCGAGCGUUCCCCCCGUAGCCCUUUCCACUCUGGGCCGCUCCACAGCAGCCCGCUGCAGACGCCCACCCUGUCGUCGACGCAGUCCAGCCCCUGCAGCGCCACAGCCUCGCCCAUCGGCCGCCCUCCUUCCUAUCACAAUGGUCACCACAGGCCGGCGCCGCACAAAAGCCCCUUUCACAGUCCCGCCCAAGAAUCCCCUCAACCUCCCAAAUACCCGGAGGGUGGCUCAGGCACCAUCCGACCUGUCAGAGCAGCACCCCCGCCCCCGAAGCAGCACCCACGGGGACAGGUCAAGCGGCGGGAGGAGGUGGAGAUCACGCUGGUGUGAAGGCCAAGACAACGCCGAGUACCCCCACCCUCAACGCUCUCUGAGGACACUUUGGAGAAAGCUUCCUUCACCGGAAGAAGACUGCGGUGCCUUUUUCCCAAUCGGGACAGAAUCCACUUGUCCUAAAAAAAAAAAAAGACUCAUCAUUCAACCCAAAAUACACAAUGUACAGUAGCCACUGCUUCAUUUUGGUUCCAAUUCUGUUUCAAUCCAGUUUGUGUCGGAAUGGCUGACGGGGGGGGCGGGACGAGGCUGGUCCUGGCCACCGCUCCCCCUCCUGUCCUUCCCCAAACUCGUAGCUUGUGCAAUGUUCGGAAAGACUAACGGACCCCAUCCUCUUUUAUCUCUAUUGGUUUGCUGUUUGCAACACCUUUAAGGGUAAUGCAACGUUCAUUUUAAUUCCAAUUAAUUUUAAUUCUGACAUGGAAGCGUUCAUUUAAGGAGGGACUCCUACCUGAUUUAAAGGGAAAGCAAAUCUAUACUGUCACAAUGAAAGCACUUUUCGACGUCUUCGUAUUCCUUCUCAGUAUUGAUCUGUUGUGGAUGCUACAUUGUUCAUGUUUUAUUUCCAACAUGUCUCCUUUGUUUACCGGCCUGUAUUGGUAUAAAUACUUGUAUCGUGUUAUUUAGCCUUAAGUAGACAUCAUAGCGUCUUAUAGGUAACAACCUAUUGUUUUCUUUUUCAACCAUUUUAGUUUACAGAGAGCUUGGAGAUGGAUAUCUGUACAAAUGUUAGUGUUUGUAACUUUAGCGUUUAGAGUUAGGAUUUAAAUAAAACUAUUUAGUUCAUCUAAAACCGCAGAAAAAGAGAUAUCUGUCAGCCAUGUUGCUGUUUCUCGUUGAUCUCCUUGAGAUCUGAAUGACAUCAAACUUAUUUUUGAAGUUUGCAUUUACCGUCUUGUAUUGAAAGAAAAAAUAAAGAAGCUUUGUUUUGGUCCCUAUAUUCCAUGUUUAGUUCCACAAUGUUCUUCACAUUUACACACAAGUGGGUGUUUAACACUAUUUAUUGUAUAGAAAGAAAUGUGAAAUAAAGAU